AUGGUUGCCGCUAAGUAUUUGAAGGCUUUCUUCUCUUCAGCUGACUUCUUUCAGAGAAAAGGACUCUCAGCAAGGCGGAUAGACACAGUGACUGUAGCAAAGAUGAAUUUUCAAACUCUUUACACCUCUCCUGAAAAUCUUACCCAGGUGACUGAGUUCAUUUUAACAGGCGUCUCGGACCAGCCAGAACUCCAGGUCCCCCUUUUCUUUGUCUUCCUACUGAUCUAUGCAUUGACUGUGUCUGGGAACCUGGGCAUCAUCACCCUCACCAGUGUGGACCCUCGACUUCAAACCCCCAUGUACUUUUUCCUCCGACACUUGGCUGUCAUCAAUCUUAGCAAUUCUACUGUCAUCGGCCCUAAAAUGCUGGCCAACUUUUUGGUUCAGAAGAAAACGAUCUCCUACUAUUGUUGUGCAGCUCAACUCGGUGGAUUCUUACUCUUCAUUGUGGCUGAGGUGUUCAUGCUGGCUGUGAUGGCCUAUGACCGCUACGUGGCCAUUUGCAACCCCCUGCUCUACAUGGUGGUGGUCUCUCGGCAGCUCUGCUUCCUGUUAGUGUCCCUGGCAUACAUCUACGGCUUUUUCACGGCUGUUUUAGUUCCAUCCUGUGCAUUCUCUAUGUUUUAUUGUUCUUCCAAUGUAAUUAACCAUUUCUUCUGUGACGUUGUUCCCCUGUUAGCAUUGUCCUGCACUAAUACUUACCUCCCAGAGACUGUCGUCUUUACUUCUGCGGCUACAAAUCUAAUACUCUCUUUGAUGAUAGUUCUAGUGUCCUAUUCCAAUAUCAUCUGGUCUGUUCUCAGGAUACGCUCAUCAGAAGGAAGGAAAAAGGCCUUUUCUACCUGUGCUUCACACAUGAUGGUGGUCACAGUGUUCUACGGGACACUACUCUUCAUGUAUGUGUCACCUAAAAUGGACCAUUCAUUGGAUACUGAUAAAAUGGCUUCGGUAUUUUAUACUUUAAUAAUCCCUAUGUUGAAUCCUAUGAUCUACAGCUUCAGGAAUAAAGAUGUGAUCGCAGCCUUAAAGAGCCUCCUGUCUAACCCAAGUAAAUUCUUAAAAUCAGCGUGA